GUCGCCGUCCGCACACACGCCUCGGCGCCAGUUUGCCGGACGGUUUGGAGGCUGAGCGAGCUCCCGCACCUCGCCUGGCCUGCGCCGCUCGUCCUCCUCGGCCUGACCGCGCCACUCGGCCCCGCCAUGCCCGUUGAUCUCAGCAAGUGGUCCGGGCCCUUGAGCCUGCAGGAGGUGGAGGAGCGGCCGCAGCACCCGCUGCAGGUCACCUAUGGCGGUGUGGUGGUGGACGAGCUGGGCAAGGUGCUGACGCCCACCCAGGUUAAGAACAGGCCCACCAGCAUUGCUUGGGAUGGGCUUGAUUCAGGAAAACUGUACACCUUGGUCCUGACAGACCCUGAUGCGCCCAGCAGGAAGGACCCCAAAUACAGGCAAUGGCACCACUUUCUGGUAGUCAACAUGAAAGGCAACGACAUCAGCAGUGGCACCGUCCUCUCGGAUUACGUGGGCUCCGGGCCUCCCAAGGGCACAGGCCUCCACCGCUACGUCUGGCUGGUUUACGAGCAGGAUGGGCCGCUCAAGUGCGACGAGCCCAUUCUCAGCAACCGCUCUGGAGACCACCGCGGCAAGUUCAAGGUGGCAUCCUUCCGCAAAAAGUAUCAGCUGGGGACGCCGGUCGCCGGCUCUUGUUACCAGGCUGAGUGGGAUGACUACGUGCCCAAGCUGUAUGAGCAGCUGUCUGGGAAGUAGGGUGAAGCUCAGAGCAUCCCGAGGCCCCUCUUCCCCGCUCCCUCCCCAACCUGAGCAGUCAGCCAGCUGUGCUGGGUCACUUCUUGCUGCCUGUCCGUCGUGAUUCUAGACUAGUCACUUGCUCCACAUUGUAUUUUGGUCUCAUCUGAACUCUGUUAUGGGGGAUGUUUUGGUUCUGUAAUAAAGAGUCUGCAUUCUGCACGCCAGCCCAUCCUGAGACAGCCAGAGGCUUGGGUCUCAGGUGUGCCCAGCAAGGGCCACACGGCCAUCAGCCCCUGCUCUGCUCCUCCACUGUUGUUGGGCAUGGCUGUGUUUAAAUGAGCAGCAGGCACAGGUGACUUGUGUCAGGGGUGUGACAUAGUCAGGGCCUGUUCAGUUGAUCGCAAUUCAUCGUGUAAGGAAGGUGAUCUGGAGUUGCUUCCCGCUGUGUUAACUCAGCUGUUUGCCUAUAGUUGAAUGAAAAUAAAGACCUGGUGAACAAUCUGAA